AUGAGGGGGAGGAACAUUAAACGAGGAAGGCGCAUUUCCUCGCUCCUUCGGAAUCCGCGGCGGUCAGCCUCGCGACACUGGAAUCUUUUUCUCCGUUCUCCUCUCUCCAUAUCGGACUUCACAGAGUUAUUCCAGUUAUUCCAUCCUCUUCUUGUUGUCCUUUGCGUUCUUCCUCUUCCUCCUCACGUUGUUCUUCUUCCCUCACGUUUCUCUUCCUUCUUCUCCCUCUGGUUCGUCCUCGCGUUCUUUGUCUUGGCCUCCCUCUUCUUCUCUCUGUUCUCGCUCUUGCUCUUCUUUUGUUCUCCGUUCUGUUCUCCGUCGUAUUCUUCGUCUUGUUCACUGUUUCCUUCUUCUCUCUGUCCUCGCUCUUGCUCUACCUCUUCCUACUCGCUUUCAAUGAUGUCGCGCGCCGUGGUGUCUGGCGUCGGUCGUCUGCCGGCCUCGCAGGUCGCGGGAUGGCGGCUGGCGCCCGUGGCUUCGCUAGCGUUUUCGUCGCCUCGUCUGUCCUCGAUCUCCUCGCUCUCCUCGAUCUCCUCGCUCUCCUCGUUCUCCUCGAUCUCCUCGAUCUCCUCGCUCUCCUCGAUCUCCUCGCUCUCCUCGAUCUCCUCGCUCUCCUCGAUCUCCUCGUUCUCCUCGUCCUCCUACGCAUGCAAUGGUCACUCCUCGCCGGCCGCGUCUGCCCUCCCUUCCACCGAUUCCUGUACAUGGCCACAGACGGAGUUUUCCUCUUCUCGUGGAGGGCCGAGCGUCGCUUCUGCUGUGGCGCUGCUUGCGUCGGAGACAGCUGGGUGUCUCCUCUGUCCUCGCGCGGAGCCUCAGAAGGAAGCCAGGGCCGUGCGUCAGCGAACUGGGCGCUCAAGAAACUGUUCGGACUCCCCCUCUCUCGGCGCUGGCUGUGUCUCUCUCUCUUCAUAUGCGCUGGGCGGUCUCUCUGCUCCCCGGCCGUUUUUGACGUCUCGUGAACGCCCCGCAACCUGCGACGCGACGCCCUCGGCAAGUUGGAGAGACCCUCGUCUCUGUACUUCCACACACUUCAGUCCUCGGCCUUCUGUCUGUUCCUUCUCUCCCCCGCGUUUCUCGAGUUCCGUUCUGCAGUCGUCGGGUGCCUCCUCGCCUCUCUCGUGGAGCGGCUCGGCUGUCUUCUCUCGAGCUGGGUGCGCGGCGUUUGCCUCGCAGCGCGGCGCGCAGUUCGAGGAGGAAAAAAGCCAAGAAGAGACUCUCUCGAAGAACUUCAAAACCGACCUCAUUCGCAUGCAGUGGCCAGCGAUGCGCGACGAAAUGGUCCGCUUCUUCCAGUCACAGAAUGCCAUUGCAUUCGACAAAAUCAGCAAGCGGCAUCCGUCUGCGUCUCUCUCGUCCGACGCCUCCUCUUCGUCCUCUUCGCCUUCGGCGAAUCGUGGAGAGCGCAGGGCGACAGCAGAAGAAGUGGACCGUGAGGAGCAAGGCAAACUGAGUUUCGCGGAAAUGGUCGUCGGGAGCACACGCAGUGCAUGCGGAGUCUUGGGCGCAGGCCGCUCUUCUGCAGUGGACGUCGCAUGCAAGCCAUGGAAGAGAUUUGUGCGCAAGGAGGACAUCCAGAGAGCUGGAUACGUCCCCUGCAUUGUCGAGAAGUACGGCAUCGAAAGGCGUCUCGCCAUCCACCGUGACACACUGGAGGCGCUCGCAUUCGACGAACAGCAUGGACAUCUGUCCUACUUGUUUCAAGCUCGCUUGUUUCGCCUGAGAAUCGGAAACUGGAUUGAGGAAUGCAUUCCAACCUUCGUGCAAGCAGACCCAGUGGCGCGGCGGCUGUACUUUGUGAAGUUCGAGCGACAUGUCGCAGGCAAAAUUUCCGAAGUCGACAUCCCCACAACGAUGGUGGGCCUCCUAGCCUGUCCAGCCUACCAGAGAGGCUACCACGUUGAGCUCGUCAUGCCAACGAUCAGGUGCCAGUGCGUCGGCGCGGAAAUUCCACCUCCCUUCUUUGUCGAUGUCUCGCGUCUUCACUACUCCCCUCCCUACACGGCCAUCACCUUGCAAGAUUUACAGCAUCUUCUGCCGGCGGAUGGAUCGGCGCGGUUUCAUCCCUCGUACGACGCAGCGACGCAGGAGGUCGCGUGGGCGUACGAAGUUGGCUCGCUGCCUGACGCCCCCCUCCCGGCGGACUAUGUGGAUCCGAACUUCGUCGACAGAAAGGGCCAAAAAAUGGACGUUUGCUUCCGUAAUCACUUCCCAAAUUGAGGGGAGGCGGAAGCGGGAAACGCGCGAAACCGAGACACGCCUUCUGCGGUGUAUGUACGCUCCAGGCCGUCGACGUCUCCUCGCGUUUCUUUGGAUGUCUGAGUGGCUCCAGGUGUGCAUCAGGGAAAAGUGGAGGCGUUUGUCCUGGACAUGACAGAAGUGGAGAAAAAAACAUACCGGCGACGACAUGCACUUCCGAAUCUGCCUGAUCCAUCCACAGCAAACAAACCGCUCGCUGACGAGUUGUCAGAGGUUCUCUUUUCGCUCGUUCAAGCCAUGAGGUCUUGCCCUGCUCUGCCGCGCUCCGAUACACGGAUUUGCAUGCCCCCGUCUCUGAACAAACAAAUUCUCUCUGGGCUCCUCAGUUCGACUCACGUCUCCACCCC